GCGCCGACGCGCGCCCGCGCGCGCCGCGCCGCGCGCGCGCGCGCCGCCCGCGCGCGCGCGCGCGCGCCCCCGCCGCGCCGCCGCGCGCGCGCGCCGCCGCGCGCGCGCGCGCGCGCCGCGCCGGCGCCCGCGCGCGCCGCGCGCCCCGCGCGCGCGCCCGCGGCCGCGCGCGCGCGCGCGCCGGCCCGCGCGCCGCGCGCCGCGCGCGCGCGCGCCCCCGCGCGCGCGCGCGCCCGCGCGCGCGCGCGCGCCGCCCCGGCGGCGCGCGCCCCGCCCGCCGCCGCCGCGCGC